AUGAACAAUCAAAGCUUAUAUUAUGAUUUUAAUGGCAGCUAUCAUUUAGGUACUAGUCGAACAAAUGAACCCAUUCACGCGGUACUCGAGGGUGAACUCGCUGAAAGUGAGAUGGUUGAGGGAAGAGAAGCUCAGAAUGUCAGAAACCGCGCUCUACUCCAUUACCUUGCAUCAUUAGCAAACUCCAACAGCACAAAAGAUACAUUUGAUUUUGAUUUCGUUGAAUCUUUACUGAAAAACGGUGCAGAUGUGAACAGCACAGACAAGACAGGUCAGACUGUUUUUCAUGAAGUAGCGAGAUCUUGGAACAGUGACGUAGCAAGUUUCCUUAUUGACAAUGGUAAGAAUUACAUUCUGUAAAUACGAUACAGAUUUCACCUUGAUUAACAUUCGAUUUUCUCAGCUAAAAAAACCUUAUUAUUGACAAUUUGUUUGUAAAUCCCAUAUGGAUCGGUCGCUCACCUCCACAUUUUUUACUUAAACAUUAAAUAGACAAUUAGACAACUGAUAACAAACACUCGGACAAAGUUAUGUAUAUAUUGCCUUCACAGGUGCAAAUGUGAACCAACAAGAUCAGUAUGGUCGAUCACCACUGCACGUUGCUGCGGCAGUAGAUUACGCAGAAAUGGUAGAAUUUCUUCUACAAAAUGGAGCUGAUAUUGAUAUUAAAACGUCUGGUGAAGGACAGACUGCGAUACAUUUUGCUGCUAAAAAUGACGCCAUCAACUCUCUUCGGAUGUUGCUACGAUACGAAGCAAACAUCGACGCACGUGACAGCAAAAACAGAACACCACUACAGGUAGGGUGUUCUGUCAUAUUAUUUUUUUUGAAAUUCAUUAGUGUUUCGCAUGCAACCGGAGAUUAACUAAACAUACUUCCUCUCGCUACCUCCAGUAUAAAUAAGUGAAUAAUAGUAAGCGUGUUCAUCAGCGGUGAUCUAAAGUCGCAUGGUGGAAAUAAGGCAUAAUGAAAAAGAUUUGUGUACGAUGAAGCCAUUUCAACAUAAAAUCCUAGCUCAUAACAGGCGCUUUGAAGUUUGCAGACUUAAGGUGGCUCGCUACAGUUUAUAGAAAUGUUGAAAAUGUGUAAACUAGAUCACCUUUUUGAAGAGAUGAUGCUCUUUACAAAUCGAAAUUUGUAUAUUAUAUAUACAGCAACAAUCAAACAGUCGAAAAUUGGUCAGAAAAGUGACGUCACCACUGUUGCUAUGGCAACAAUGACGAUUCAAGAUGGCCGAUAUUUUGGCUUUGAACGCAUUUUACUUUAAAAAAGGUCGGUUACCCCCAUUUUUUAUUUCAGAAAACAUUUUCUUAUUCAACAAACAUUUUCUUUCUCACUAUCUGACCAAUGCAAAAAAAAAAUUAUUUCGAAAAACCAUGUUUAUAAAUUUUUUAAAAAUUUGGCAUUACAGAAUCUUUUUAAAAUUGGUCAGAUAGUGUAUUGUACUAUAAGAAAAUGUUUUUUGAAAUAAAAAAUGGGGGAACCGACCUUUUUUUAAAGUAAAACGCGUUCAAAGCCAAAAUAUCGGCCAUCUUGAAUCGUCAUUGUUGCCAUAGCAACAGUGGUGACGUCACUUUUCUGACCAAUUUUCGACUGUUUGAUUGUCGCUGUAUAUAUAAUAUACAAAUUUCGAUUUGUAAAGAGCAUCAUCUUUUCAAAAAGGUGAUCUACAAUCUUGGAAAAAAAUAUUUGUAGACUUUUCGAAAAAUACACCCAAAUUUGAAAACAUAUGAUGAAAAUGUGAGCAUUUUUCAAUUAAAGCAACUAUUUACUUUAAAUUACCCCCUCCCCCCCCGAAACAAUGUUGAUUCAGGUAAAGCGGAUUUGCAACACAUGUCACCUAAAUACCAACAUUGUAUAAGGGGGGAGAGGGACAAAGUUUGAAAAUUUAAGAAGUCUACUAAUUUUUUUCCAGGAUUGUCUCUGAAUUAAGCCAAACCCUUAACCUUUAAGGGAUAGAAAUUAAAUUUUUUGGACAUAUAAAAUUUUCUAUUCUAUUAUGUUGUUAUGAAAGUCAAGUGGCACAUAUGUCAGUAGAAACAGACUCCCAAAACAAUUUUCCGGGGGGGAGGGAACUUCCCAUGGUACGAUUAUAGGAAAUAGGCGUAUAUUACCGCCCACAGCUCGAGUUAUCCUUGCAAUUUCGUAGAAUUUGGACACGAUUAUAAAUGUUUUUAUACUUUUGAAUGUAUAGUAAAUUUAAUAUUAGCUUCAACUUAGAAUCCUCUAGGUUUAACACCCUUUUAAAAAUGUUUUACUUAGUAUUUGCUCCGGAAAAUAAGCGAAUUUAAUUUCAUAAAAUACACAUAACUGCUUGAUUUCUUGAGUUCUUUUGGAUUAAAUAAACUAAGAGAUAUUUCUGCUCGUUUAUCGGUUGGUUGUGUCUUAAAUUAUGUUAGGAUUAAUUUAUUUUUAAGGUUUUCAGUUCUCUAUGCACCUUUUCAACGAUUAUAGAUUAGAACAAAUCUCAAUCUUCACAUGUUACAUCAUGUUACAUCAUGUUACACUACAUGUUACACUAAAAUUACUAUACUUUACUAUAGUUUUUGACAUGUUACUACAUGUUACACCUAUAUUUUUAAAAGGAACUAUAGAUAUUUUUAAAGGUAGGUGUAACAUGUUGUAACAUGUGAGGAUAUAUAAUAAAACAUAGAACUUUUAGUGUAACAUGUACUGUAACAUGUGGUGUAACAUGGUGUAACAUGUAGUUAUUUUACUCAGACAGUACAUUUAUUAAAUAAUAAUAAGAUAUUCGUUAAGACAAGCACUAAUUUUCAGACAAUCACGGGUACAUGCGUUAUAGAAGCAUAUUGAAACCUUAUUAAAACAUACUUUAUAGGUACAAUUCCGCACUAUAAAAUUUUAAUGAUCGACAAAAUAUGUGAAAAAAUGUGACGGUCAUGAAAUAUUGUACAAUGUAAUAAUCUAUAUAUGCCAUAUCUGUCCCUCUGAUAGUUUUUUGUUAUUAACUGCCAUAUUUUUUGUCAAUGCAGCCUUAUUGGAUAAAUUAAUCACAAUUUUCCUUAAAACAUGGGCACCUACAUUAAGCCGCCCCCCGUCUACCGACCCCCCUGGCUUUCAAAAAGUUUAAUCAAACCCUGAAUUAUGUUCCUAAUAUAGAGUCCUUUUUAAUAUGAAAAUUAUGUUUUGAAAACGACUGAACAAUUAACUUGGUAAAAUGAUUAUCCGUUGUAUUUUUUCAGACAAUCUUGGAAAAAAUAUUUGUAGACUUUUCGAAAAAUACACCCAAAUUUGAAAACAUAUGAUGAAAAUGUGAGCAUUUUUCAAUUAAAGCAACUAUUUACUUUAAAUUAACCCCCUCCCCCCCCCCCCCGAAACAAUGUUGGUUCAGGUAAAGUGGAUUUGCAACACAUGUCACCUAAAUACCAACAUUGUAUAAGGGGGGAGAGGGACAAAGUUUGAAAAUUUAAGAAGUCUACUAAUUUUUUUCCAGGAUUGUAGUUUACGCAUUUUCAACAUUUCUAUAAACUGUAGCGAGCCACCUUAAGCCAAAAUCGUUUACCGAGGAGUGUGGCGUAUAAACAUGUUAAAUAAGAAUAUCAGGGUAUUACAAUCAAUAUUUUUUCUGGUUUCUCGUGUAUCAUAGGUAGCUGCAGAAAUGAAUCGUUCUAAAGCUGCCAAACUCUUAAUUGCGGAAGGCGCUCCAGCUGGUGUGUAUGACAACUUGGGAAACUCGGCAUUGUCCCUUCUCAUUGAAAAGAUUCCUGAAGUGGCUUUGGAUGCAAUGAACCAGUUUCAUUCAGUAGACACAAUCAAUCGUAAAGAAUUUUAUUUUCUCAACUAUCUGGAAGGCACGAAAUUAAAAGAACAGAAAACGCCUGCUCGAACUCCCCUUGAGAUAGCUGUCCAGAACGAGAGAUAUGACAUCAUCAUGCAUCCCGUCAUGCAACGCCUGAUUGGUACAAAAUGGCAAUGCUAUGGCAAAUGGGGUGCUGUUCAAGAUCUUGCGCUGAAUCUCAUAUACACGAUAUUGUGGACACUGCUUGCAGUGACUCUUCCAAAAUACGGAAGAGAUUUGUAUAUCCCCAUCGGUCCCAAUUCCUGGAGACUUGUUAUUGGUAUUUUCCUUAUCUUGCUCACGAUAGUGGAAAUAAGAAAACAGAUCCUAAGUAAGUUUCUAAAUUAGUCAUUUAUAAUACUAAUUUAUUACACAUCACAUGCACACGUGUUAUAUAACAAGUUCAAUCAAUACAAGCUUAACUAAUUUCUAUUACACUUGUUUUUUUUUAGACACAGUAAAAACUCGACAAGAACACAAUGCGUGGAAAGAAUGGCGAGCUUCAGAACUUGAACGUGAUAUCGAGUUCUGUCAUCCCAGGUGGCCACAAGAAACCCAAUAUGUCAACGCAGAGAUAAAAGCUGUUAAAAAUCUCUCCCUUAUGUCGGGUUCUGAUUACUGGAUAUAUUUUGAUUGGGUCGCACUCGUGUUUAUCCUGGCAACAAUCAUAUCUCACGUGGUUUUCUUCCACUACAGUACCGAUUUAUCCAAAGAAGUCCACCAUUACAUCACAAUGCCGUUGCUUCUAAUACUUUGGCUCAGAAUUUUCAAAUAUGCAAGACCUUUUGAAAGCGCUGGCCCUUUCAUUGUGAUUUUUAGCAGUGUGAUGGGGGACAUUGCAAAGUGGGCAUUUCUGAAUUUAGUUAUUGUAAUACCAUUCACCUGUGCAUUUUGGAUAACGUUUGGAGCGAUUUCGUUAAACCCCGUUGAUGGUUACAAUCAUGUUGGUCCGCUAUUGUACAACAUCUUCUCCAUGAUGGUUGUUAACAGUCACGGCUUUGAAAACCUAGAGAGAGCAAACCCGUUCAUGGCUAGAUUAUUGUGUGGAAGUUUCAUCGCUAUUGCAGCAAUCGUUACACUCAACUUACUUAUUGCUCUUCUUACGAACACGUUUGAAAGACUUUACGAGAAUGCUAUUGCUAACGCUGUGAUGCAAAGAGCACAAACAAUACUCCUACUUCAAAAGUCGUUACGGAAAAAAAGAAAAUCAAAGUACUACAACUUUAUUAAAGAAAGAGCAAGUCCAGAAGUAAUUUCCAGAAAUCUCGGGAGGUUAAUGGUCAUGGACAAAGACGAAGCAACAAUUGAACGUGUACGUGAUGAUGUCAAAGCGAUCAUGGACAUUCUGGGGGAACAAUUUGGAAAGAAAUUUCAAAAGGGCAAGAAGUCUGACUUGGAUUUUGUGAGAAUGGAUGUGAGUAAAGUGCGAAGAUUUCAAGAAGAAAUAGUUGUUGAUAUGCGGAACAUGAAGUUAUCUUUCGAAGAAAUUAAGUUACAACUAGAACAACAAAGUACAACUCGCAACACGACUCUUACCAUUAUGAACACCAGUGCCAGUAAAAAUGAAAACAAACACAAUAGCAACGAAGGCGGAAAGAACUAUUCGAACGACGAAAGCAACAUUCCCAGGGAAGAUUACGAUGAUGAAAAUGGAAAAAGCAUCCAAAAUGACACGAAUGUGAUGAACGCAAAAGGAAAUAAUCGCAACGAAUGCAGCAAUAAAAGUAACAAUAAAAAGAAAAGCAAGGUCAAAAUGAAAACCAACUCCGGGAAAGUUGAAUCCAAACGUCGAACAAAAUCGUAUAUAAAGAAUGGCCAAAAGAAAUUCCAGAAGAAUGUCAAAUCCUCUACAGAAACAAGAAGUUCCGAAACAGAUUCCAACAGUCCAACCGAGGAAGAAGGUACAUACGACAUCACUAAUGAAAAAGUGGAAUGCAGAGCGGAUGAGAAGGAUAAGAGAGAUAGAAAGAGAAGCGAUAAGAAUGCUUACCGGGAUAAGCUCAACCUUGCGGAAAGAAGUUUUGAAGUGCCCUCUGAAAAUGACGGUGGAGUACCAAGGCAAAUAAUGGCAUACCCACCACAUUAUGUGAAAACACCGCUAGCUGACGUAACGAGGAAUGAUUCUGAUGUAGUCCAACAAAGAUUGACAUAUCCACUGGGAUACGUACAUGCCCCAUUACAUAAUGUACCUAAUCCUGACGUCAACCAGCAGAGAUUGAUCUAUACAACAGGGCAAUCACAACUGCCCCCACCAGACAUGUGGAAAUACACAAACAUUCCUUACUAUCACAUUUCCCCAAAAUCUUUCCCCACAACUUAUGACCCAAACCAGCGGUACGGUCGGCAGAAGAAUCAAGAUUUCUCAGCACCAAAUUUGACGCAACAUGAAGUGUAUUCUGAGGUAAGAAAUGUAGCUUGGGCUCAUCCAUAAAAUGUUGAUCAACAAGUGAAUAUGGCCAGAGGGUAAAUAGCGUAUGAAAAGAUAUUCCCAGAGCCUCAACUUUUAGAACAUUUUUGUCGAUAACAUAAUAAAAUAUAUAUGGCCGAAACGUCAGAAACAAUAAAAAAUUUUAAUCUGGAUGAUCGUACAAAUUAAAAUAUAUAUAAUUGAUCAAUUGUUAUAAUUCAUAAGUUGUUUAAUAAAAUAUAUUUAUAAUAUAGCAUUUGUAGAUUCUGAACGCUGAUUAGCUAAGAGCCGUGUUGAUAUAACUCAAUGUCAACACGGAAAUGUCGGAAAAUUUCUUUCUUUAUGUUUCUUUGUGCUAUAUUAUAAAACAAAUAUAAAACAUUUUUUCCGUAUUGAUAUAUAUAUUUAUAAAAUAACCUUUUAAUAACGCCUGCGCUGAUUGGUUGAAAAGUGAAAAAUCACGUGUUUCUAUAACGCUAUAGAACACAAGAAUUUUCCACGAACCUCAAAACAACACACUAAAACAAACGUUUUCGCCUGAAAUAUCGACUAAAAAUCUUCGUCAACCUGAAAUUUUGUUAAACAAGCAAUGGAAAACACUUACCAAACGUUUUUACGCUCUAAAUUUUCUUUAAAUCAACUUUUUCAGCGUGUUUUUUUCCAUAAUUUUGCAGUCGGCAAAACUGAUGCCGGUAUUGUUGCUAAGCAACACUUUCUUGUUAUUUUGUAAUGAGAAUACACUUUUUAAUCGCGUGAAAAAUAUUGUUUUUGUGUUAUUAUCACAAGGUUAUUUAAUAAAGGAAAUAGAAAACUUUUUUCCUGUGUUUCUAUAGUGUUAUAGAAACACUUGUGCUAGUUUGGGAGAACUCGAAAUAACGUGGAAACACUCGCACUACGUGCUCGUGUUCCCACUGAUUAUUUUUCGUUCUCCCAAACUAGCACGCGUGUUUCUAUAACUCUAUAGAAACACGGAAAAUGUUUUCUAUUUCUUAAAUAGAAACACGGUUUUUUUGAGCUUUUGACCAAUCAGCGCCCGUGUUUUUAAAAGGCUAUUUUAUAAAACUGUAUAUCAACACGGAAAAUGUUUUAUAUUUGUUAAAUAUAGAAUGCUUGACUGCACAAUUCCAAUGUAAUACUGGCAAAUGGCAUGAAUGUGUAUAGAAAUAUAGUAUUGUAUCUAUAUGACAUUGUAGUUACUUUGAUUACUUUUAUAUCUACUAAAGGACGACUUCUAACGCUUUGGAUUUUUUUUGAAUUUCUAUUUCUCAUUCUAACAGAAACCGCCUUAUGACGGAAAACCAUAUACAGUAAGUACCUGUACUGACCCUAGACAAUUACCUCCAGAUGGCAUGGUGCCGCAACAUCCAUCAGGAUACUUUCCAGGAACUGAAUUUGGAAAAGGUGAAAUUCCCGAAAAUGCGACACUUAGCCAAUCUGUAUCCACAAAUGACAGGAACCACGGCGUUUUGAAACGGGCAACACGACAAAUUACCCCAAACCAGUUUCAGGUCUUCAGCAACGCCGAACAACCAUCAACGACACAACCUUUCCAGAAACCGACUACAUAUGCUUCUCAGAAUCUUGGUUUUAAGACAGAAGGCGAAUUGCUCAGACCAAUCUCACGAGCACGAUAUCCACCGGAAUACCAGAUGUCCACACGUUAUAGGAUGACAGAGGGCACGCUAGAUCAGCAAGGUUAUCCUCAAGAAAAAUAUGACAAGGAUCAAUAUUUGUCUUCAACGGUUAGCCACCAUCAAAUAAGCACAAGCCCAAGACGGGUGGGAACAGUAUCAAGUGAGCAACUGACGAUACCUAAUCUUCGAGGCAUGGAAUCCCCAUUUACAGUAUUCUCAAAGUCUCGUUCUAGCACUGAUCUGUUACAUGACCAGAAUUCUUCUUAUGCGGCUGCUGAAAGUGAAAAACGUCAGCGUAGUAUCUCCGCACAACCAUCUAGAAACGAGAUGAAAAUCAUUUCUGGACGUAGACAAUCGGAAAUCUUGAAUGUUAAACGACCGAGUUUCCAAAUGACACAACAAAAGUUCCACAAGCCACUUCAACAUUUGUAA